AUGCAUCAGAAAGUAUUUAUCUCAGUUUGGAAGCAAUCCGGAACUCUUGGACUGGUUAAUGUGCGAGUAGACACGAAAGAGCGUAUAAGAGCCAGUCAAAGAUGGGACGUUAUUGUUUCUAAACGCAAGGUUACCACUCAUCACGUGAAACAAGGUUUUUGGGCCGUUGGGUACAUCAAGGCAGCUGAUGGACGUCGGUAG